AUGGCCGAGAGCGGUCCUGAAGUGCGCAUACCGCAAGCUAUUUUCAAAAAGCACGACGAACCCCUUGUGAGUCCCCUCGAUCCUCCUCCGCAGCGGCAGCAUCGCGGCUGGCGUCUCUGGGCUGUUUUCCCGGGCCUCUGCUUUGCCAUCCUUCUUGCUGCGCUAGACACCUCCGUUCUUGCCACUACUCUCCCGACCAUCGUGGACCAGCUGCACUCGGGCCCGCUUUAUAUAUGGAUAAUCAACGGUUAUUUCCUCGCCGUGGCUGUGGUGCAGCCUAUCGCUGGCCAAGCGUCCGAUAUUUUCGGUCGGCGAUACCCUAUGAUCAUCUCCGUCGUCCUGUUUGCUCUGGGAAGCGGCGUCUGUGGCGGAGCGAGCACUACGGAAAUGCUGAUUGCCGCAAGGAUUGUGCAGGGACUUGGAGGCGGCGCCAUCUUUGUGAUGGUGGAUAUCAUCGCCGCCGAUUUGGUAGCGCUUCGGGAGUGA